AUGCCCGGCGUCAACUCGAUCAAGCUCCUCACGGGCAACAGCCAUCCGGAGCUGGCGCAGCUCGUGGCCGACCGUCUGGGCAUCCCGCUCACGCCGUGCGUAUGCAAGAAGUUUGCGGACCAGUCGAUCGACGUGCGCAUCGGCAGCUCGGUGCGUGACGAGGAUGUCUACGUGCUCCAGACGGGCAACUCGCCGUACACCGACCCCAACGACUCGCUCAUGGAGCUGCUCAUCAUUCUCUCGGCGUGCAAGACCGCAUCGGCACGCCGCAUCACCGCCGUCAUCCCGUCGUUCCCCUACUCGCGCCACGACAAGAAGGACAAGAGCCGCGCACCCAUCACCGCCAAGCUCGUGGCCAACAUGCUGACCGUCGCAGGCGCCGACCACGUCAUCACCAUGGACCUGCACGCGAGCCAGAUCCAGGGCUUCUUCGACAUCCCCGUCGACAACCUCACUUCCGAACCGAGCGUCGCGCGCUGGAUCCGCACCAAGGUCGACAACUGGCGCGACGCCAUUAUUGUCAGUCCGGACGCUGGUGGUGCCAAGCGCGCCACUGCACUGGCCGACUCGCUCGGUGUCGACUUUGCGCUCAUUAACCGCAACCGUCGUCGCGAGCAGCACAAGCGCCAGCGUGCGGCGCAGAAGACGCUGGGUCUGUCGAGUCGAUCGUCGUUCGACGACCUGCGUUCGGGCGUGAGCACGCCCAUGUCCAACUCGUACCUGCUCGACGGCACAGGUCUCAACAGUGCCAACGCUGCGGUGGGGGCGGCGACGGACAAGCUCAACGCACUGAGCGUGUCGGCGGAAUCGCACGGCUCGGCCAUCUCGUCGUCGCACUCGUCCAAGCACGUGUACAGCGAUGUGGCCAACGGCAUCAAGUGCGCCGAGACGGGCGAGUGGAUCAUGACCGACGAGCAGGGUCACCGUGUCCGCAGCGGGCGCUCCAAGAAGAACGUCGCCGAAUCCGGAACCGAGAACGACGACGAUUCGGAGGACGACGAGAACUCGUCGCGCAUGGAGAUCCUCGUGGGCGACGUCAAGGGCAAAGUCGCGAUUCUUGUCGACGACAUGGUGGAUACCGGCCGUACGCUCGCGCUGGCGGCCAAGACGCUCGAGGCAGCAGGUGCCGACAAGGUGUACGCCAUCAUCACGCACGGCCUGCUGAGCGGCCAGUCGAUUGAACUCGUCAAGAAGCUCAGCCUCGAAAGGCUCGUGGUCACCAACACCAUCCCCAACACCGAAAAGGCCGCGGCGAGCAACAGCAAGCUCGAAAUCAUGGACGUCUCGGCCGUGAUUGGCGAGACCAUCCGUCGCUCGCACCACGGCGAAUCCAUCUCGCAACUCUUCCGCCAAGACGCCGAGAUCAUGUUCUAG